AUGCCCCGCGAAAUCGUGACGGUGCAGGUCGGCCAGUGCGGCAAUCAGCUUGGUCAGCGCUGGUUUGAUGUCAUGCUGCAGGAGCACAAGGCCCACCCUCAUUUUCCUGAGGCCCGUGACGCUGUCUUCCUCGAAGGCAUGAGCCGCCCUGGCCGGCUCAAAGCGAGGUGUGUGGCGGUGGACAUGGAGCAGGGCGUCCUGCAUGCAAUGCUGCGUGGGCCGCUGAGGGACAUCUUCGACGACAACUUCUUCGUCUCCGACGUCAGCGGCGCCGGAAACAACUGGGCUGUGGGGCACAUGGAGUACGGCGACCGCUACAUUGACGCCAUCUCGGAGGCGGUGCGGAAUCAGGUGGAGCAGUGCAACUGUAUUCAGUCUUUCUUCGUCAUGCACUCACUGAGCGGCGGCACCGGUUCUGGGCUUGGCACGCGCGUGCUGGGCAUGCUGGAGGACGAGUUCCCGCACGUGUUUCGCAUUUGCCCAGUUGUCAUGCCGUCCGAGGUGGACGAUGUCGUAACGGCGCCGUACAACAGCUGUUUCUCGUUAAAGGAGCUGAUCGAGCACGCGGACUGCGUGCUACCGCUCGACAACGACGCCCUGGCGCGCAUGUCAGACCGCGCCCUCAGCAACGGACGAAACGGGCGUGGCGUGAUGGCAAGUGGUGUGCCGCAGCCGCACUCCUUCUCGGCGGCGAAGCCGACGGACACAAAGGGGCUGCCCUACGACUCGAUGAACGGGCUUGUGGCCCAGCUUCUGAGCAACCUAACGUGUGCGAUGCGCUUCCCUGGGCCGCUGAACAUGGAUAUCAACGAGAUCACAACAAACCUAGUUCCGUACCCACGGCUGCACUUCCUCACCGCCGCCAUCGCGCCACUGAGUGUCUCGAGCAAGCACGCUGUCGUCGGGCCCCGCUCGGUGGAUGCGAUGAUCGCCGCGUGCCUGGAGCCGGCGCACCAGUUUGUGGACGCCCGACACGGCCAAGGAAGCUCCAUGACGCGAGAAGCCGGCAAGACUCUGGCGGCAGCGCUCAUCGCACGCGGCCCGCAGACAACCGUCGGUGACCUCACCCGUGGUAUCGGGCGGCUGCGUGAAGAGAUGGUGAUGCCGUACUGGAACGAGGACGGCUUCAAGACGGCGCUGUGUGGGGUCAGUCCACUGGGCCACAGAGACUCGAUGCUGCUCCUUGCCAACAACUGCGUCAUCCGCGCCAAGGUCGGGUCGAUGCUAUCCAAGUACGAGCGUCUCUACUCGGUCCGCUCCCAUGUGCACCACUACGAGCAGUAUCUCUCCGAUGCCUACUUCACUCAUACAAUGGAGACGGUGCGCAUGCUUGUGGACGACUACGCGUACCUGGACACGGCGGCGCCGCCGAAGAAUAUGCCGCGCAGCAUGAGGGAUCUCAUCUACUACUAG